AUGAAAUUGUUGGCUAUCUUUCUUCGCCUUACUAUCGCGAUAACCACCCAGAGCUUUUUCCAACCUGACGAGUAUUUUCAAUCUUUAGAGCCAGCACACCAUCUUGUCUUUGGUUACGGACGUCUCACUUGGGAAUGGCUUUCCCCGUAUCCAUUGCGUAGUGUGCUCUACCCCGCCCUCAAUGUACCAGCAUACUAUUUCAUAAAGUUAAUUAUUCAUGGUCUUCUCGGAUCAUUGACAGACAUCUGGGUCUGCGAAUUGGCGAAAAUGGUGCUCGGUAUAGAUUUCGUAUCACCAACUUAUUUUUUAUCCCUGACCUCGUUCUUCCAUGUCCUCUCUCUCUCUCGUUCCCUAUCGAACUCCCUUGAAACAUCUCUGACGACAAUCGCGCUCAGUUACUACCCUUGGGAUACUUUUUCAUCCUCUCAUUCGUUACAGAAUAGAAUAGGACUGGCAAAGUCAACUGCGUUUGCCGCUCUAGCUUGCGUAAUAAGGCCCACAAAUGCAAUCAUAUGGCUCUAUAUGUAUGGUGCUUUGCUCUGGCGUGUAAGGAAAACAAGACACGCUAUCACUAUGCUUGGUGAUAUAAAUUCCACUUACUAUGGCGCACCGACUUUGACAUCGCUGAACUUCCUCUGGGUCAAUCUUUCCUCGGUAUCCCUUUUCUACGGAUCAAGUCCUUCUCAUUACUAUCUGUCCCAAGCACUCCCAAUUUUGUGCACUACUGCUCUUCCAUUCGCACUACAUGGUUUUUGGCUAAUCAUUCAAGGCUCAGAUCCAAAGUCGAAAUUGCUAGCGGGAUGUGCAGCAUGGACUGUAUGCAUAUAUUCCCUGGCUGGACACAAAGAAUGGCGAUUCUUACACCCAGUGCUUCCUAUGCUACAUGUGAUUGCAUCUAAAUCGCUCGUAGAUCUUUACCGCCGUGGAAUUCGCCAUAACAAGGAGGAUAAGCGCCGCUCUAGAUCGCCCACGAAAACAAAACUGCCAACUAAAGCUUCUCUCCCGCGGCUUCCUAUCCGUACCGGCCACCUGUACCUUUUGUUGCUUAGUGUUCCGGCUUCGGUAUAUGUCGCGUGGUUCCAUUGUACUGGGCAGGUCAAGGUCAUGUCAUACCUGCAGAGCCUGCCCGCAGACCAAUUAACGACAGUCGGGUUUCUCAUGCCUUGCCAUUCGACUCCUUGGCAAGCCCAUUUGCACAGGCCUUCGCUGGCCGGGCACGGAAGGAUGUGGGCAUUAGGAUGUGAACCUCCUCUUGGACUUCAAAAUCUGACAAACUACAAGGACCAAACUGACAUAUUUUACGAGUCGCCCUAUGAUUACAUACAAAAGCACUUCCCAUCUACCGUACAACCCACCUAUCCCGCCUCGCCAUUCCCCAGCUCAGUCCCGGGGGCCUCUGCCAGGGACAGACGCCAAGAUACAGAUGGCGGCCAUGAUUCGUGGGAUCUCGGAUGGAAACAUGAGUGGCCAGAAUACUUCGUUAUGUUUGGUGCACUUUUACGAGAGCCUGGGGUAUUGGAAUUACUUCAAGAAAGAAGUUAUGCUGAGGUCUGGAAGGGUGGAAUGGACUGGGAGGGAGAAGGCAAGAGGAAAGGGGCGGUAAGGUACCUUAUAACACUAGUUCAAGCUUCAAAGUUUAAGAGUAAAUUUUUCUGGAACUGUGGAUUGUAG